AUGAAAUAACUUAUUAUUAAUUUGUUAAUUAGAUUCAUACCUAUCAUAGGAGUAGUUGGAUUGAGAGAAUACAGUUAGUGGAUAGAAGUUUUUGGAAAUGCUAAUGGGAUUUUAUGUCCUGAAUUACAUACAUAUAUUCCGGAUAUGCACCCGCAUUAAUGUGUUUGUAAAUAUUAUCAUUAUUCAUAUUCAUAGCUUAUGCUACCAUUUGUAAAGGUGUUACAGAGGCAGAAAUAAAAACUGAAGUAAAUGGAACUUAAUAUGUUUGUCAUCCAAGAUUCUAACCAUUUGAUGAAGGGACUCCAACUAAAGGAGAUUAUUCCUUUCAUUGCGGAAGUGAUUUUGGCUAAACAUUGAUAAUGGAGAGGUCUUUAGAUGGACAUUAUAAAUUUUAUUGUAAAGGUAGAAACAAUCAAUACAUUAGAAAAUUUAUAUCCUAAAACAUGUUUGAUAUAAGAUAAACAAAGAUGCCAAUAUUGUAAAUUCCCAUUCUUUGGAUUUGAGUGUGAAUCUGUUCCUUAAUAUUAUGAUAGGACAUAAACUAAUCCUGUUAGAAGUAAUAAAAAUAAUUAUUAAAGAAUGUGAUGGAUAAUGUGAGGAAUGUGAUUAAAAUAAAGUAUGUUCUGCUUGUAGAUUUGAUUAUGAAAAAAACAAUUCAACAGAUAAUCUUUGCUCUAAAAGUAAGUUAAAAUUUCUAAUAAGCAUAGAAUGCUAUGGUUUAGCACUUUGUGCACCAAUUAAAAAAGACAGUUCGAAUACUGA